GUGGUCUUGGGGAAAUUACCAAGAACGUACCCCAGGUCCUUGCUGGAGAAAAAGCUCUUCUCAGUGAAAGAGAGACCACGCCGCCAUGCCUCCGUGUGGGCCCCGCGGAGCCCUCCUUUUCCUGCCUCCGCCGCUGCUGCUGCUGCUGCUGCUGCGCGCUGUGCUGGCCGUGCCUCUGGAGCGGGCGGCGCCCAACAAGGAGGAGAGCCCCGCGACCGACAGCCCGGACACAGGUCUGUACUACCACCGGUAUCUCCAGGAGGUCAUCAAUGUGCUGGAGACAGAUGGGCACUUCCGUGAGAAGCUGCAGGCUGCCAACGCCGAGGACAUCAAGAGUGGGAAGCUGAGCCGAGAGCUGGACUUUGUCAGCCACCAUGUCCGUACCAAGCUGGACGAGCUCAAGCGACAGGAGGUGUCACGGCUGCGGAUGCUGCUGAAGGCUAAGAUGGACGCUGAGCAGGAGCCCAAUGUACAGGUGGAUCACCUGAACCUCCUGAAGCAGUUUGAACACCUGGACUCUCAGAAUCAGCACACAUUUGAGGCUCGCGACCUGGAGCUGCUGAUCCAGACGGCCACCCGGGACCUUGCCCAGUAUGAUGCAGCCCAUCAUGAAGAGUUCAAACGCUAUGAGAUGCUCAAGGAACAUGAAAGACGCCGUUACCUGGAGUCACUGGGAGAGGAGCAGCGAAAGGAGGCAGAGAGGAAGCUGGAAGAGCAACAGCGCCGGCACCGAGAGCACCCCAAAGUCAAUGUGCCUGGCAGCCAAGCACAGUUGAAGGAAGUGUGGGAGGAGCUGGAUGGAUUGGACCCCAACAGGUUUAACCCCAAGACCUUCUUCUUACUGCAUGAUAUCAACAGCGAUGGCGUCCUGGAUGAGCAGGAGCUGGAGGCCCUCUUCACCAAGGAGCUGGAGAAGGUGUAUGACCCGAAGAACGAGGAGGACGACAUGCGGGAGAUGGAAGAGGAGCGGCUGCGCAUGCGGGAGCAUGUGAUGAAGAAUGUGGACACCAACCAGGACCGCCUUGUCACCCUGGAGGAGUUCCUUGCAUCCACUCAGAGGAAGGAGUUUGGGGACACUGGGGAGGGCUGGGAGACAGUGGAGAUGCACCCUGCCUACACGGAGGAAGAGCUGAGGCAUUUCGAGGAGGAGCUGGCUGCCCGGGAGGCAGAGCUGAAUGCCAAGGCCCAGCGGCUCAGCCAAGAGACAGAGGCUCUAGGACGGUCUCAGGGCCGCCUGGAGGCCCAGAAGAGAGAGCUGCAGCAGGCCGUUCUGCAUAUGGAGCAGAGGAAACAGCAGCAGCAGCAGGGCCACAAUGCCCCAGCCUCUGACUCUGAGGGACAGCUCAAGUUCCACCCAGACACAGAUGAUGCACCUGUCCCAGCUCCAGCUGGUGACCAGAAGGAUGUGGAUGCUUCAGUAAGGAAGGUUCCUGAACAGCCCCCUGUGGUGCCCCAGCUGGAUUCCCAGCACCUGUGAUCCUUCAGGACCCCCAGCCCUCCUGGUUCCUACAGAGGCACCUGAUAGGAGCUGGAUGGAGUGUCACAAUCAGCCUUCCAUUGGGGCCAGCAACAUGUGUGGCCUCCUGGAAGAGGGAGGACAGGGUGGCAUUUCACACAUUGCUGCUCAGGCCCGGUGUCUGCCUGUCUCCAUUUUCACGGCCUCCAAAUCUGUGGUCCUUUCUCUUUGUCCCCCUUCAAAGGGCCUGCCUUCUCUUGUGUCCAGUGGGGUGCUCACUGGAUCAGCUUAACUUAGGGAAGCCCCCUUCCUCCCUCCCUCCCUCCCAAGAGGGUCUGCUCUGUGCCUGCCUUCCUAGAUAGUUUGGUUUCAGCCACCCCAGGUGUGGCCGCUCCACCAUCCUGUGUCACUACAGCUUCUGGAAUUCUUCCUGCUGCUCUGGGCCCAGAUUCUGUUUGUUUGGGGGGCUUGGAGUGGUCCCUUGAGACCUUCUACCUUUUGUGGGACAAGCGAUGCCUCAAAGACAGUGUCCUCUCCAUAGCUGGGUGCUGAGGGGCAAGGGAUCUUCAGAAUAGCUGGUCAGCUCUGAUUCCAGGAGCCUAGACUCCCUGAGCCCCUAGCUUCCAGCCACCUCAUCACCAGCCUCCUGUCUAACUUCUGUCCUCUAUCCCCGUCCCCACACAGCCCCAGGACAUCCUGGAGCUGAUCCCCCAUCCCCCUAGGACCAGGCCCCAGCCCCUUAGCCUCAGGUGGAAGGCUCUGCAGGUCGACUCCACCCCCCUUGCUGGUCUCAUUCACACUGCUCCAUGUCCUGCUCUGUGCUCCAGUUCCAUCCAAAUAAACUUUCUGGAACAAA